GCUAUAAGCUAGAUGGAAAUUUUUCAAGCUUUUCUAGUUUCAAAUAUGCUAGAACUAGCUUAUAAUAAGCUAACCUGGCAACACUGGUUUGUAAACAAUUGAUGUUAUAAUCAGAGUGACCGUUGCCUUUAAAGUUAGGCAUUUUUAUCAAAAAGCUUUCACUCAUAAUAAGCUUUUGAUGACGGUUUUCAUCAGCUGAUUUAAAUACGAAAUUCACAACAAUUUCAUUUCUUUCUUGAAUCAACUGAACUUAACCCAACUCCCCGAAAUGACGAACAUUGCGAACCUCAACGAAGACUGCCUGAUUAAAAUUAUAGAGUACCUAAGUCUGGACGAGCAGCUGCAGCUAUGGGAGGCCACGGAGUCCACUUCCCGUCUAUGCUCAGUGCUUUCAUACGCUUGGCAACGACAGAGCAAACACUGCGUGCUCCGGGAAACAUUCGCUGGCAGAUCCGCCCUUCAACGCGACUUCCUGCAUUGCAUCAGCUCCACAGUCACGGAGUUCACAUUGCGGUAUUUGCCCAUGGAACAGCUCGAGCAGUGGAAGGACCACACGUUUCCCAACGUUAGGGAACUUUACUACCUUGGGGACGAGUACGACGAUGCCGAUGGUGACGCUGACAUUGCGAUUCUGGUAAAUUGCUUUCCUCAGCUGGAAUCCAUUGGGCUAAGCGGAAACACCAGUGGGCAGCACAUCAGCCAAUGGCGACACCUUCGUCGGCUGGACCUGCAACUAUGCUGGUAUUUGGGCUUACAAUGCUUCGAGGAUAUUUGCCAGAAAUUGCGCCUUCAAACCCUCACCGUCCAAUGGCGACGAGCCGAGGAGGAUGUCUAUGCACAGGCCAUAUCGGCGCUAGAUGAUCUGGAAGAACUCGACCUGGACAUAGUGCACCUCAGCACCGAAAACGCCCGCAAGCUGUUGAGUUUGCCCAAACUGGCAAAGUUGCGCCUACACAACUUGGACCUUUUUGAUAGUGUUCUGGAGGACAUUGCUCGACUGCGUGGACAGGAUUUGGUGGCGGUCACUUGCAGAGACAAUUUUGUGAGAUGGGGUCCCCAGGUGUUGGCAAAAUUGAUAAACCUUCGGCGCCUUUCACUCGUGGAUGAUGAGGGCAGUUGCGCCGUUGAUUUUAGCGUUAUAAUCAAAAACUUUCCCCACUUGGAGCAACUUCAUCUGGAGAAUUCGCGCAUUUGGCCGAAUGCGGACGGCAUCUGGAACGUAGUGGCUGCAUGUCCACAUCUCGAGGUUAUAACUGUGUUCAAUCAGUGUCUUGCCGAAGAUUUUUUUGCUUUUAGUGCUUCUACUAUGAAACAGGCCCUGGAUAAGCGAACCGAACCCUUGUCCAUACGGUUUAAUGGAACGGGCCAUGAAGAAUUGAUUGCCAAGCAUUUUGUACAUCGCAAUCUUAAAAUACACCACAAGGCUAAUGAUUUCAGUAUUUCCCAAGUACCUGAAGAAUGCAUGGAGUUCGAAUUCUUAGUCCCGCAAAAAUCAUCAUGAUAAGCGUGCAUGUUUGUCUUUAAAUUCCCGAGAGUAAAAGAAAGUUAAGAAAGGGAUCUUUCCUCCACAAUGUCGGAGCUCCCUAGUACAGAGGCUGAUCAUUAUCUCUGAUAAUAACACAUAUUUGCUGAAAUUUUUCAAAGA